AUGAGUAUACUAGCGCUGCUUCAAGGCACAGCAUUCGCCUAUGUGCCAUCAGUGCAAGUAUUUAUGGGAAAGUGCUCCACAAAUAUUAGUGCCGACGUACCUGAAGAAGAAUACUAUGGGAGACUUGCAUUGAUGCAAGGCUGCCUAAUGGCAUCGUCUUUGGUCCCGAUGCUUAUCGGUUUUACUGGUGUUGUAGGAGUAUUGACAAAGUUUAUAGGGCCACUUACGGUAUCGCCAUUGAUGUUGCUGUUAGCAUUCUCUCAAGUCGAUACUAUGGUAACGAAGAUUAGCAUGCAUUGGGUAGCUAUCAUCCAAGCUGUGACGCUUUUCAUUACUAUUCUCUAUCUGGCUGAUGUUCUGGUGCCCCUACCAGGAAUCAAAUAUGGCAAGCUGCAUUGGUAUAGAACCAACUUAUUUGGACAGUAUCCAUACCUUAUUGCCAUCGCAAUAUCGUGGGCGUUUUGCCUGAUACUUACCGUAUGCAACCUCGUAGAACCAGGUGGUCCGGCUCGUGUCGACAUUCCACACAAAGUAGAAGCGAUUAGAAAUGCCGCUUGGAUAGCGGUACCUUAUCCAGGCAAUCUAUUCAUCGCUUUCCUCCUCUCGGCGAUGACAUCCGUUUUCGAAUCUGUUGGAGACUACCAUGCAGCCGCCAGAAUGUCUCUAGAAAGAGCACCACCAAGUCAUGCCAUCAACAGAGGCAUCCUUGCUGAAGGUAUGGGAUCUUUUAUAUCUGGUCUUCUUGGACCAGCUGUUGGUAUGACCACACAUACGGAGAACAUUGGUGUGAUAGGAGUAACUAGGGUGGCAUCUCGCUGGACUAUGGUCGUUGCAGGAGUACUGCUGAUUGUUUUAGGAGUUUGCACGAAAAUUGGUGCUAUAUUAUCUACAGUUCCUGAUCCUCUGGUUGGUGGAAUCUUAGCGUCGUCAAUGGCUAUGGUAGUAGGAGUAGCUGUGUCGAAUUUGCAAACG